GUGCGUGCGUGAGCCAGAGAGCGGAAAGGAGAGCGCGCGGCGGACGCGCCCCGGACGCGCGGCGGCCCCAGGAGGCCGGGCGGAGCGGUGAAAUUUCAAAUUUAAAUCUUGUGAAGUGCUGACUAUAACCUGAUUUCCAAGAUUUUUAUAAAGAGAAGAAUCAAAAGAACUCUACUUUCAGGUUUUGAGACUUAAAAGACUUAAGUUGGACUUAAAAGCAAGACUGACUGCAAACUUUGAAGUGUGAUAAGAGAUUGCCCUGUUGCCACACGGAGACUUGCCAGGGCCAGUGCAGAGUAAGAACUUGCUGGAUCCUUCACAAGGAAGCGUGCAGGCGAAAGGUGGAUGUAGAGCAAGUCCGUGUUUUAGCCACACACAAGUGCUUGUUGAGGUAGUGGCAGCCUGUCCUGGAAAGUCAUUAUAGUGUCACCUCAGCCAGCGUUCUGGAGCAUUUCCUGCCUGCUUGGAACAGCACUUCUGAUUGUCAUUUGAAGCCAGCAGUGCCCUUCAUUGCCAUUCCAGCACCGGGAUUUAUGUCAGCAUUAAUUACUUGCUGCGGCCUGGGGGACUCUGAGCCAGCACUAUAUGUCUGCCCCGUGUCCUCUGGGAUGAACGCCUGUGAGUGCCGUUGAUGACUUCUGCAAGGGUUCUGAGCAGUUCCCUCAGCAUUCCCUGCUUUUUAGAGCACUAUCCUGUCUUACAGCACCAGAGCAGCUUACUCCUGUCAAAGGAUAACCACUGUUAGGGUUGAUGAUGCUGUUUUCUACGUAUCUGUGGCCAUGGCACAAGAACAUAAGAAAGCAUGGGAUCACGCCAGUCACAGAGUCCAAGUAAGACAAGUCCUGUUCAGUUUCUUCUGAAAGAAAGCCAUCUCCUGAAGUGAAGCGAAGGAGCUCUGUGGAUUACAGUGUUCUGAAGAUCUGGAUUUUCAGUCAUUUGAAAAUAAGGUGUCAUUUUUCCUUUUAAAUGAAAAAAGUCAGAUCUCCUGCCACUGUUGUAUUUUCUGGAAGCUGUUGUCCCAGAGGGGGGCGCAUGUUGAAGGGGCAGACGUGAUGGUCCUUUCUGCAGGGAUUUCAGUCUGAUCGCGUUGACAUCAUGACCAGCCUGAAGCGGUCACAGACGGAAAGGCCUGUGGCCACUGACAGGGCCUCCAUCGUCGGCUCAGACGGCGCCCCCAAAGUCCACACCGAUGACUUCUACAUGCGGCGCUUCCGGUCCCAAAAUGGCAGCUUAGGAUCAUCAGUCAUGGCUCCCGUGGGGCCUCCCCGGAGCGAAGGCUCGCAUCAUAUAACCUCGACCCCUGGAGUCCCAAAGAUGGGGGUCAGGGCAAGGAUUGCAGAUUGGCCCCCGCGAAAGGAAAAUGUAAAAGAAUCGAGCCGUUCAAGCCAGGAAAUAGAAACCUCCAGUUGCCUUGAGAGCCUGUCCUCCAAAAGCAGUCCUGUGAGCCAGGGAAGCUCUGUGAGCCUCAACUCCAGUGACUCAGCCAUGCUGAAGAGCAUACAGAACACGCUGAAGAGCAAGGCGAGGCCGGCGGAGAGCAUGGACUCCCGAUUCCUGAUGCCUGAAGCCUACCCCAGCUCCCCUAGGAAAGCUCUUCGCAGAAUCCGGCAGCGGAGCAAUAGCGACAUUACCAUAAGUGAGCUUGACGUGGACAGCUUUGAUGAAUGUAUCUCACCCACAUACAAGAGUGGGCCAUCAUUGCACAGGGAAUAUGGUAGCACAUCUUCAAUUGACAAGCAGGGGACAUCUGGAGACAGUUUUUUUGAUUUGUUAAAGGGCUACAAAGAUGACAAAUCUGACCGAGGUCCAACCCCGACCAAGCUCAGUGACUUUCUCAUUGCCGGCGGGGGCAAAGGUUCUGGCUUUUCUUUGGAUGUUAUAGACGGACCCAUCUCGCAGAGAGAGAGCCUCAGGCUUUUUAAGGAAAGGGAGAAACCACUCAAGCGACGUUCUAAGUCUGAAACUGGAGACUCGUCCAUUUUUCGUAAGUUACGCAACGCCAAAGGUGAUGAACUUGGAAAGUCCUCAGACCUUGAGGACAACCGGUCAGAAGACUCCGUCAGGCCCUGGACGUGUCCAAAGUGCUUUGCCCACUAUGAUGUCCAGAGCAUACUGUUUGAUUUGAACGAGGCCAUUGUGAACAGGCACAACGUCAUUAAGAGGAGAAACACCACCACAGGAGCCUCGGCAGCCGCCGUGGCGUCCUUGGUCUCUGGGCCUUUGUCCCAUUCAGCCAGUUUUAGCUCCCCAAUGGGCAGCACCGAGGAUCUGAACUCCAAAGGAAGCCUCAGCAUGGACCAGGGGGAUGAUAAAAGCAAUGAACUUGUCAUGAGCUGUCCUUACUUUCGGAAUGAGAUAGGUGGUGAAGGGGAAAGGAAGAUCAGCCUGUCUAAGUCCAGUCCCAGCUCCUUCAGUGGGUGUGAAAGUGCCUUCGAGUCUGCCCUCAGCCCCCACUGCACAAACGCGGGAGUGGCAGUGCUUGAAGUGCCCAAGGAGAACCUACUGUUGCAUCUGGAUCGAGUGAAAAGGUACAUCGUGGAACACGUGGAUCUCGGCGCAUACUAUUACAGGAAAUUUUUCUACCAGAAGGAACACUGGAACUAUUUUGGGGCUGACGAGAAUCUUGGGCCAGUGGCUGUGAGCAUUCGCAGGGAGAAACCGGAAGAAAUGAAGGAAAACGGAUCUCCAUACAACUACCGAAUAAUUUUUAGAACUAGUGAGCUCAUGACCCUGAGAGGUUCUGUUCUGGAGGACGCCGUGCCCUCAACAGCAAAGCACUCGACAGCCAGGGGGCUGCCUCUGAAGGAAGUGCUGGAGCACGUGAUUCCGGAGCUCAACGUCCAGUGCCUGCGCCUGGCCUUCAACACUCCCAAAGUCACGGAGCAGCUCAUGAAGCUGGACGAGCAAGGGCUGAACUAUCAGCAGAAAGUGGGCAUCAUGUACUGCAAAGCCGGACAGAGCACUGAGGAGGAGAUGUACAACAACGAAGCCGCCGGCCCAGCCUUUGAGGAAUUCCUUCAGCUGCUUGGAGAACGAGUUCGGCUCAAAGGAUUUGAGAAGUAUCGUGCACAGCUUGACACCAAAACUGACUCCACUGGAACCCAUUCUCUGUACACAACAUACAAAGACUAUGAGAUUAUGUUCCAUGUCUCUACCAUGCUGCCGUACACACCCAACAACAAGCAACAGCUCUUACGGAAGCGACACAUUGGAAAUGAUAUUGUAACAAUAGUUUUCCAAGAGCCGGGAGCGCAGCCAUUCAGCCCGAAGAACAUCCGAUCCCAUUUUCAGCACGUCUUCGUCAUCGUCAGGGCUCAUAACCCCUGCACGGACAGCGUCUGUUACAGUGUGGCUGUCACCAGAUCCAGAGAUGUGCCUUCCUUUGGGCCUCCCAUCCCUAAAGGAGUCACCUUCCCUAAGUCAAAUGUGUUCAGGGACUUCCUCUUGGCCAAAGUGAUUAAUGCGGAAAAUGCUGCUCAUAAAUCAGAAAAAUUUCGAGCCAUGGCCACUCGGACACGUCAGGAAUACCUGAAAGAUCUGGCAGAAAAGAAUGUCACCAACACUCCUAUCGACCCUUCUGGCAAGUUCCCAUUCAUCUCUCUGGCCUCUAAGAAAAAAGAAAAGUCUAAGCCGUACCCAGGAGCUGAGCUCAGCAGCAUGGGAGCCAUCGUGUGGGCCGUCCGGGCCAAAGACUACAACACGGCCAUGGAAAUAGACUGCCUGCUAGGAAUCUCCAACGAGUUCAUUGUGCUCAUUGAGCAGGAAACCAAGAGCGUGGUUUUCAACUGUUCCUGCAGGGACGUGAUAGGGUGGACGUCGGCGGACACCAGCCUCAGAGUCUUCUAUGAGCGGGGAGAAUGCAUCUCCGUAGAGAGCUUCAUGAACAGCGAGGAUAUCAAAGAGAUUGUCAAAAGGUUGCAGUUUGUUUCCAAAGGUUGCGAAUCCGUGGAGAUGACCCUGCGAAGAAAUGGGCUAGGACAGCUUGGCUUCCACGUCAACUACGAGGGCAUCGUGGCAGACGUGGAGCCCUACGGCUAUGCCUGGCAGGCAGGGCUGAGGCAGGGCAGCCGCCUGGUAGAGAUCUGCAAGGUAGCCGUGGCCACUCUGAGCCAUGAGCAAAUGAUCGAUCUCCUGAGAACCUCUGUCACGGUGAAGGUUGUCAUCAUCCCUCCCCACGAUGACUGCACCCCGCGGAGGAGCUGCUCUGAGACCUUCCGCAUGCCAGUGAUGGAGUACAAAGUGAAUGACGGUGUUUCCUACGAGUUCAAGUUCCCCUUCCGCAACAACAACAAAUGGCAGCGGGGUGCGGGCAAGGGGCCGCCUGCCCCGCAGGUCCCGGCACAGGUGCCGAGCCCCAUGGCGUCACGGCUGAAUGCUGGGAAGGGAGACAGCAAGAUGCCUCCUCCAGAAAGAGCCGCCAACAUUCCUCGGAGCAUCUCCAGUGACGGGCGCCCGCUGGAGAGGCGGCUGUCUCCUGGUUCAGACAUCUAUGUGACGGUCUCGUCCAUGGCGUUAGCAAGAUCCCAGUGCCGUAACUCGCCCAGCAACCUGUCUUCGUCCAGUGAGACCGGCUCUGGUGGGGGCACUUACAGACAGAAAUCGAUGCCUGAAGGGUUUGGCGUCAGCCGCAGAUCCCCAGCCUCCAUUGACCGGCAGAACACCCAGUCAGACAUCAGUGGCAGCGGGAAAUCCACACCCAGCUGGCAAAGAAGUGAGGACAGCAUUGUCGACCAGAUGGCUUACAGUUAUAGAGGACCUCAGGAUUUCAAUUCUUUUGUCCUCGAGCAGCAUGAAUACACAGAGCCCACGUGCCAUCUCCCGGCAGUGUCCAAGGUCCUGCCAGCGUUCCGAGAGAGCCCCAGUGGGAGAUUAAUGCGGCAGGAUCCAGUGGUUCAUUUGUCUCCAAACAAACAAGGGCAUUCGGACAGCCACUACUCGAGCCACUCCAGCAGCAACACCCUCUCCAGCAACGCGUCGAGCGCCCACAGCGACGAGAAGUGGUACGACGGGGACCGCACGGAGUCCGAACUCAACAGCUACAACUACCUGCAAGGCACCUCCGCCGACAGUGGCAUCGACACCACCUCCUACGGCCCCAGCCAUGGCAGCACCGUCUCCCUGGGGGCUGCCACAUCGUCGCCUCGCGCAGGGCCAGGCAAGGAGAAAGUGGCACCGCUGUGGCACAGCUCCAGUGAGGUGAUUUCCAUGGCAGAUCGGACGCUGGAGACAGAGAGCCCUGGCAUGGACCGGAAAACGGAGUCCUCGCUGAGCCUGGACAUCCACAGCAAGAGCCAGGCCGGCUCCAGCCCUCUGACCAGGGAGAACAGCACUUUCAGCAUCAACGAUGCCGCCUCCCACACCAGUACCAUGAGCUCCCGGCACUCAGCCAGCCCCGUCGUCUUCAGCAGUGCCAGAAGUUCCCCCAAGGAAGAGCUGCAUCCUGCCACCGCCCCCCAGCUCGCGCCCUCCUUCUCCUCAUCUUCCUCCUCUUCGUCCGGUCCCAGGACUUUCUACCCCCGCCAGGGCGCCACGAGCAAGUACCUGAUUGGAUGGAAAAAGCCCGAAGGAACCAUAAACUCCGUGGGAUUUAUGGACACAAGAAAGCGUCAUCAGAGUGACGGCAACGACAUGGCCCCCGCCAGGCUGCGGGCAUCCACCAGGGACCUCCGCGCAUCCCCCAAGCCACCCUCCAAGUCCACCAUCGAGGAGGACCUCAAGAAGCUGAUCGACCUGGAGAGCCCGACUGCUGACUCGCAGAAGAACUUCAAGUUCCACGCGCUGUCCUCCCCGCAGUCCCCCUUCCCCAGCACCCCCACCUCCAGGCGGGCACUGCACAGGACGCUGUCGGAUGAGAGCAUUUACAGCAGCCAGCGGGAGCACUUCUUCACCUCCAGGGCCUCGCUUCUGGACCAGGCCCUGCCCAACGACGUCCUCUUCAGCAGCACGUACCCUUCCCUCCCCAAGUCGCUCCCGCUGCGGAGGCCGUCCUACACCUUGGGAAUGAAGUCCCUGCACGGGGAGUUCUCGGCCUCAGACAGCUCGCUCACCGACAUCCAGGAGACUCGAAGGCAGCCCAUGCCGGACCCUGGCUUGAUGCCCCUGCCUGACACUGCCGCAGAUUUGGAUUGGUCCAACUUGGUGGACGCCGCCAAAGCCUAUGAGGUCCAGAGAGCCUCGUUUUUUGCUGCUAGUGAUGAACAUCAUCGUCCCCUGAGUGCCGCCUCCAACGGUGAUGAGCUCGAUGAGCAGGCUCUGGCCCAGAUGAAGUCCUACAGCAGCAGCAAAGACUCCUCGCCUACCCUGGCCUCCAAAGUGGACCAGCUGGAAGGCAUGCUGAAGAUGCUGCGCGAGGACCUGAAGAAGGAGAAAGAAGACAAAGCCCAGCUGCAGGCGGAGGUGCAGCACCUGCGGGAGGACAACCUGAGGCUGCAGGAGGAGUCCCAGAGCGCCUCGGACAAGCUGAAGAAGUUCACAGAGUGGGUCUUCAACACCAUCGACAUGAGCUAGGGCAGGCCCGGGAGGCGAGGCAGGGCGAGACCCUGCGAGCGCUGCCCCCGCUCCCUGCCUCGCCCCCUCCGGCCUGCACAACCCAACCAUAGCAGAUCAGCAGUCCUCACCUGCCUUUUGUAGAAAAGAAAAAACAAAAAAAAUUUUAAAGAGUAAAAUAAAAGUUUAACUGCUAAAAUGUGAAUGUUUUUAUUUUUUUGCACACUAUCUUUACCUGUUAUGUAUUUAAAGAGAAACUGGGCCGAGGCCUGGGGCCCCCUGGCCCAUCUGCCUGUGUCUCCACCGCUUCCUUAUCUACUUCAGGUGACCCCAGCUUCCCCCGUUUCCCCGACCGAUGUCACUGCUCCUAGGACAAGGCAGGGUGUUCUUGUCUUCUCACCGGGGGAGUGGGGAAGGGUACCCGCUUACCUCCUUUCCUAACAUGGCUGGCGAGGAAGGUGCCGAGAGAGCACCCUCCGCCCCGGAGUGGCUCCUGCACCUGCCUCCCAGGCCACAGCAGACUCAGGCCUCCUGGCAGCGCUGGUCGGGAAAGCCCCAGGCGCCUUCCCCGGCACCUGCUGCCCCGUCCUCCCCCCUGGGCAGGGCCCCAGAGCUGCCCUCACAGCUGGGUCUCGUCUCUGGCUGAAGGGAGCAGCGCCUCAUUGGAAUCAAGUCCCAACAGUUCACUUCCCCCAGAGUGAAACCUUAUACCUGUGUUCAUUUUCAGCCAAAAGUGUAUAUUGUUUUUGUUUGAAAUGUUUCGAGAUAAAAAUGUGGCGCAACCCUAUUUUUUAGCCUGCUCAGAAUGACUUCCUAAAUUACUAGAUCUUUCUCUCCAAAUCAAGGCAUCACUGGUAUUUGUAACUAGGAAAAAACCUAACGGAGACGGGGCAGUUGUGAGUGCGUGCGCCUGCUUGCCUGGGCUGCUCACCAAGUGGCCUGACAAGCUGCCCGGGGCCUGUGGGACCCCAGCACGGCCUCUUCCGCGCCCUCUUGUGGCCAUCCCAAGGAUUCUGCCACAGGAAACCCUGGAGGCAGUGCCGAUUCUCCCAGCCAGGGACACAGGCUGCUUUGGGUCCUCACAGCUGUGGCGCGCAGACAGAGGGCUGGCCAGUACUAAGCGGCCAGAGGAGACCCCUGGUUUCUCGCCCUCAUACUUGUCACUCAGCUGUCGCCUCUGCCUCUCCGGUGGCCACCCUGAUCUGGGGGGUUCAGGCCCCUGCAGGCACCAGCUGGCUCCUCUCCAGGAAACGGAGGAUUCUCUCCUCCCCUGCCCCCGCCCCACCACCAGGUUUUUAUGCUACAGUUUCAUUCAUGAUUGUGAUUUUCCCCUGGGAUUUUAUUUUGGUGACAUUUCUAUCAUGGAAAUAGGAAGAUUUCGGAAUGCUUUGUAAAGAUUAACCGUCUGUCUCUUUCUGAUUUGUAUGAAGGAGAUUGUACAUUGCCUGAUACCUGUUUGUAAAUGAGAAAUACUGCUAACAUCCAAGCAUUCUGAAGUCUGGCUUACCUUUCCGAGUUUAGUUUUCAUUUUGUUUUACCUUUUGUUCGGGGACUUGGGGCAAGCUAUUUAUUAGAGUUUUGCAACAGAAUUCUUGUUUGAAGCCUCUAAAGACUACUUGUAAAAUUCAGACAAUAAAAUUGAUU